AUGUCGGAUUCUUCGGGCAAGCAGCAGGGCAUCAUAUCACCACACGUUACAAAUGCCGUCAAGCGCGCGAACCUUGAGGGGUGCCUGACGCCGGGAGCGGGGCCGGGGCACGGUGCUUCUGGAAUAGGCUCGCCCGGGCCAUCGGUUUCCGCGUGUGUAAGCCCCACCCAGGCGGUAACGAAGUCGAUUAUGAACGCGAGCGGCACCUCGGGGGCUGUUGUGAGCAACACGCCGGAGCCGGGACUGAAGCGGGUCCCAACGGUCACGUUCAGCGACCCGAAGCAGCUGCCGGCGAAACAGUCGGGCACCGGUCAAGGCGGGCGCGUGAUCAGCGGCGACUCCACGACGUCCGGAGCCACAGCGAGCGAGGACACAGAUACGCAAUCGCACUUACAGAUGAAGGUGGCGUCGCCGAUCCAUCACCCCACGGCACAGCACAGCACUCCGCCACCUCUGCUAUCGCAUGGUGGGGGGAAUGGUGCAGCCGCGGUUGGGAUGUCACAUAUACGCUCUACCUCUCCGACAAGUGGUUCCGAGGUUCAUCCCCCCAAACAAGCUGUCGGCAAUAUCGUGCACAAGUUGCUUCACCAAUUCGAUGGUUCGGGUGCCGGCACACCUACCAGCGACGUCGAGAAAUUGCAUCUUCACGACGAGCACCCACAUUUCUUUGUCAGCGACCCCCUGCACACGUCGCCCACAGUACUGCGUUCGCGCUCCAAUAGUAUAAGCCCAAAGCCCAUAUCGGUGCUGUCGGAAACGAAACCAGCCGACAUACUGAAUCUCGACAGUGCUAUCGAGAGCACACAGCAGCAGCAGAUUGCACCCAAUAUCCCGAAGCGUGACCCCGGAAAGAACGUGGAUCCCAGGCUGCCCCAGGAUGACGGAAAGUUGCAUGUUCUUUUCGGCGCUACAGGCUCGCUUUCCGUACUGAAGAUUAAAUCGAUGAUCAAAAAACUCGAAGAGAUUUAUGGUUGGGACCAUAUAUCCAUUCAAGUCAUAUUAACUCAAGCCGCUGCGCAAUUCUUUGCUAAUAAAAACCCCAAGAAGAAGAACCUUUACGUGUCUAGCGAAACAAACUCAUUCUCAAACUCCGUGGCUCACCAGGGAAACUUGCAACAGAACAACUCAGACGCAUCCUACACUGCGGUAAAUAGCGUCUCCAAUACCCCUGCAGUUGGGGGGCGCACACCAACGCCAGCAGAUCUUCUCCAGGGCGCAGCGCCGCAAGGCGCGGGCUCCGGUCUAAGCCAGGGCGCAGCUGCGGCGAAGAUUGAGCUCCCUCCACACAUACAAGUCUGGACGGAUCAAGACGAGUGGGACGUGUGGAAGCAAAGAACAGAUCCCGUACUGCAUAUUGAAUUACGCAGGUGGGCCGAUAUCCUUGUCGUCGCGCCACUUACGGCGAAUACACUUUCCAAAAUUGCCCUGGGCCUUUGUGAUAACCUGCUGACCAGUGUCAUUCGGGCGUGGAAUCCAAUGUUUCCAAUAUUCUUAGCUCCUAGCAUGGUUAGUGGUAGUUACAACUCCACCAUCACUAAGCGCCAUCUGAAGAUGAUAAAAGAAGAGAUGCCCUGGAUCACUGUAUUCAAACCGUCCGAGAAAAUCAUGGGUAUCCACGGCGAUAUCGGACUUGGCGGGAUGAUGGAUGGUAACGAGAUUGUCGAUAAAGUCGUUAUGAAGCUCGGCGGCUACCCCAAGGAUGCCGACGAGGACGAUGACGAGGACGAUAAAGCGGGCAAGACCAAUGGCAAGGAGGAUGAUGACGACGACGACGAGGAAGAGCUGGACGAGGAUGACGAGGAUGACGAUGACGACGACGACGAUGAUGAUGAUGACGACGAUGAUGAUGAUGACGACGACGACGACGACGAUGACGAUAGCAGUCAGUCGCCCUUGAAGAACGCAGCAGCCACAUCGCCGUCACACUCGUCGACUGCCCACACGUGA